AUGUUUGUUGCAGACGACGUUCGUGUGAGCCUGUCCCCAAGAACGGGAUUUGCUGGGAUGGAUGCCGGCCCUGCCUACAGGAUGACGCUGCCUGUGGGCCUGACCCCGUCUUUAUGGAUGGUUACCGUGGGAGUCAGCUGCAAUGUGCUGCAGGAUGCAUUGAAGCGAUACGAGCAGAGCAAGGCCACCAUCCACCGUGUGCGCGCUAUUAUUAUCGGCUCGGCUCCCAAGUUCGGACCCGCCGUGGUUGAGCAAUCUGAUGCCGUUGGCGAUGCCAGUAUAUAUAGCCCGGAAUCCCCCAUUCUUGGUCUUUGCUCCCACUUCCGGCCGUUUUCUCUCUAA